CAGAUGAUAAAUUUAGCAAGAGAGCACAUUUGUAAUUGUUUAGUGUAUUUGCGGAAACAAUGGCGAAGAGGUUAGCUAGAGGUGGAAGAAGGGACGAGGUACCGUCGCGGUCGAUUUUGACUCGAGCUGUGGACUCAGUAUUUGAUUUUGUCCGAUUGGCAGAGUUCGAGAUCCUCUUCGUCUUCUUUUUUGUUGUAGCAUAUGUCAUUUUCAAGGAUCUGACUUCAAGGCCGGAGUAUAAUGAGAUGUUGGUGAAGAAGCCAGAUUGGUGGCCUUAUUAGAGUGUACCUGCAGGGUGUUUUCUUUGUCUAGUUGAAGAGUAUGAGUUGCUCUGUACAUUUAUUUCUUAGUGUUUGUCCAGAUCUGUGUACAUUCUUUUCUAAGUGUAUGUCUGGAUCUGGUUUUGAGAUUUCUUAUUCCUCCCUUUUCUUUUCCUUUAUGUGAGUCAAAUAUUGAAAUCAGGAUUUAUGGGUAAGU